GCCGCUGUACGGAGAAGAAGACGCGACCGGAAGUGUGUUUGUUUACAGGCGGCUGCAGAAGACAGGGAAAUGUACAGGAAUGAAGAGCCGGACCAAACAAAUGGCAGUAAGACGCUGCUGGUCCGCCACUUACCGGCUGAGCUCACCCAGGAGGAGAAGGAAGACCUCUUGAAAUAUUUCGGAGCUGAGUCAGUCAGGGUCUUAUCAAAUAGGGGUCGGCUGAAACACGCAGCCUUUGCAACAUUUAGAAGUGAGAAGUCGGCAGCAAAGGCUCUCAGCAGGAUCCAUCAGUUAGAGGUUCUUGAUCAGACACUUAUUGCAGAGUUCGCGAAAGGCCAAGAUCACAUCACAGUAUUAAAGGACCCACCGGUGUCAGACAGCGGUGCCCAAGUCAAAGGGGAGCAGAAGAAACAGGAAAUCAAGGAGCCAAAUAUUCCCCUCAUAGAAACUGGUGUUGCACCGAGCCUCGGGUUGAAAUUUCAAUCAAAUCCCACUUUGAAAUAUUUAUACCCACCACCUUCCAACGGCAUACUGACAAAUAUAACACACGCCCUGAUAGCUGUGCCAAAGUUUUACGUGCAAGUACUUCAUCUGAUGAACAAGAUGAAUUUACCGUGUCCCUUCGGCCCAGUCACUGCCAGACCACCCACGUUCGAGCACCUGCCUCCUGCUCCACCCAUCCCCAUGCCUCCUCCCUUCCCUCCUGAAUACCCCCCUUUACCGGAGGAGGAGAUGGAGCUGUCCAGCGAGGAGGAGUCGGAGUACGAGAGUGGAGAUGACGAGGACAAAGAAAGGAUUGUUCGUCUGAUGGGCCUGGUCAACCAAGCAUGCAAGAGACCCUUGAGACCAAAAACAGCUUCAAAGAGAAAGAAGCCCAAGAUCAAGGAUCUACUCUAUGCUCCCAAACCAGACUCUCAGAGCGCUCCAGUGCUGCAGCCCUCUGAUGUGUUUGAGCAGCCCCACCCCGCCGGUCCCAAGAAAAUUGAAUUCCACAUUUCUGUUCCAGAGGUGGCGGCUAUCGUGGAAGGAGGUGGGCCAGGCCAGCCUAAUGAAGAAGAUGAGGGCGAGGUCGCCCCCGGCAGCAGCGAGGAGGCGUUGGAGGCGGAAGGUUUCGGGAAGCUUUACCCCAGCGCCCAGACGUCCCAGCAGCAGGAGGAGCAGAGCGACGACGAGCAGGACCUCACGUCGGGCAUCAUCUCUAGGAAGGAGCUGGAAAAGGGACGGCUGUCGAGAGAUGAGAUAAAAAGGAUGUCUGUGUUUAAAAAUUAUGAACCGGGCGAGCCAACCUGCAGACUGUACGUGAAGAACAUUGCAAAGCAAGUGGAGGAGAAGGACCUGAAGUACAUCUACGGACGAUACAUCGACCCUUCGUCAGAAGCCGAGAGGAACAUGUUUGACAUUGUGUUAAUGAAGGAGGGCCGGAUGAAAGGGCAGGCCUUCGUAGGACUCCCCAGCGAGCAGAGUGCAGAGAAAGCCCUGCGGGACACCAACGGCUACGUUCUCUACGACAAACCCCUCGUUGUCCAAUUUGCCAGAUCUGCAAGACCCAAACAGGACCCCACAGAAACCAAGAGAGGACCGAAACAGCGAUGAGCUCAACAGGUGAGUGAAGCGUUUAGGGUUAAAUUAAAAAUGACCAGCAUCUGUGUGUGUGUAUAGAACAAGCCUUACAAUCUUUGUAAUGGUGUUGUUUUUUUCACAACCUUUUGUUUACACUUUAUCUAUUCAAGAUGCCAAGGCUUGAUAUUGUGGCCCAGCAGAACCAUUUGUAUCCUUAUUCUGCAUAUCCUUUGGAGGAAAAAUAAGCGAAUGCGGCCAGUUGAAUUGUAGUUAUUGUGGCACAACUGGAGCACCUCGACGUGUAUUGUAGUCUAAAUUUAAAAGGACCGAGUAGCGCGCUGUGUCUCUGUAGCUCACCGUGUCUCAUUGACUCUGAACUGUUUGUGUAAAGCUGUGCUAUUUUGGAGCCUUUUAAACGUCCCUUUACAUUGAUUUCUACCGUGUUUGACUGAAUUUCAGGUGGUGGUCGUCAGGCGUUGUCUUCUUCUAUUCUUUUAUUCCUCAAUAAAAUAUUUUAAUAAAAUAA